AGUAACGUGGAGAAAAACCCGCAGCGACGGGUAAUUCGCGAGGAAAUUAUCUUAAGUUAAGUCCAGGCUUGGCGCGUUCGGCGGAUCCAGUCAUGUCGGUAUUCCAAGGCUAGCGCCGGCCUCAGGAUUCCGCGAAGCGCGAGCUUCAAGUAUCUCGAGGGCGCGGGCCUCGUCGAGAUGAGCGGUGGCAGCGGCGGGAACAGCUCCGGCAACCAGGGGAACAACAAUGCCACCAGCUAUCACCAACAUCAGCAACAACAGCAACAACAGCAACAGCAGCAACAGCAACAAACACAGCUGGAGCAAGCUAGCUUGCUGACAGAUCUGAACGGUAUCGACCUGGCGAUGAGCCUAUCGCCCAAACAGCACUCGUCUCAUGUACAAGCCGCUGGUGGCGCUCAUACCACUCCGUUUAGCGUCAGUGACAUCCUCUCACCCAUCGAUAACGAGUCGUUCAGGAAGCUGGAGCAAGUGAUUGGCGUUACGCAUUCUCAGGUCUCGACUUACGGAAACUGUGGCUCUUGUAUCGGUGGCAAUACCGGCUCGAGCGUGAGCAGCGGCAGUCCACCGCUUCACGGAGCCUCGACGCCCGGGGGCGGCACACCCGGACCGGUUUCCGGUUCGAACGACGCCGCCGGAGGAGGCAACAGCGUUGCCAGUACCGGGUCAGGCAUGACCGCCAUGGGCAAUCCUUACGCUACCAUGCAGCUUACCUCGCAGUAUCAGUACUGCGCCGCGGAAUUGUCAUAUCAUCAUGCGGGUCCAGCGGUCGCUGGAGGUGCGACCGCUACCGACCCCAUGAGGACCCAUCAUGCGUGGUACGCGCCCACUGCGCCGGCCACCAACGAUCCCCGGUUUGCCCUCUCCCGGCUGAUGGGCGCCGCGGCGACGGGCGCCGGGACCAACAUGGCAGCUUGCUCGGUGGGCCAGUCAAUGAGCGAUGUGACUAAGUCGUCGGGCAUGGGAGUCACUGUCGGCAUGGGCGUCGGCAUGAGCGUCGGCGCGAUGCCAUUCGCCCCCCACCUUCAACAGAAACGAAAGCGUCGCGUUCUGUUCUCUCAGCACCAGGUUCACGAGCUUGAGAGGCGGUUCAAGCAGCAGAAAUACCUGAGCGCACCUGAACGGGAACACCUAGCCGCCAUAAUUCACCUUACGCCCACUCAGGUGAAAAUAUGGUUUCAAAAUCACCGAUACAAGCGCAAGAAGCUAGCGAAGGAGAAGGCGAUGGCCGAACAGAAUGCACAAAAUCAGAGUGCCAGUUCGCCGCGACGAGUGGCUGUACCAGUCCUGGUGAAGGACGGGAAGCCAUGCGGAAGCGGUGGUGGAGGCGGAAACGAGGGCAACCGUGCCGGACCAAGCGCGGCCUUGGCGAGUCCAGCCCCUCUCAUGACCGCGGCAUCGAGCCCUCACGGCUCCCAUCCAGCGGCCUCCUCGGUAUCUCAUCACUCGGUGGUCGGUAACCACGUGAUAACGUCCAGCCAGGGUCAUCAGCAUUGCUCGUACUCGAGGACUGGUGCCCAGCAAAGCAUGCAGCAGCAACAGCAACCGCAAUGCGGCGCGUACCUACCAUUCCAAGGUCGGGCUUGGUAGUACAUGCCAUCCGCGGCGGGGGCUAAUCCCUCCGUCGCAGGUCCACCUGCCUGGUACCCCACAGAUGACAGCCCCUAGAAAGAGUCUUGUGUCGCGUACUCCAAUCUCUGUGAGACGUUUCCAGAACAGCUUACCUGGGCUGAAUCUUUGGAAUUGAAUGACGAGACUGAUCUAGAGGAGACUGUCUUUCCUUGGUGACUAAUAACCAUCGCAGGAGGAAGAGAAAGAGAGAGACUCGGUGAAAUUGGUUAAACGACGAAACUUUUGCUCGUUGGGAGACGCAGACACGUGUAAUAUUGUCUAAUGACAAAGGGUGACUAGUUUUUUGAAAAACAUUCAGAACAGAUUCUGUGUA